ACUCUUAGGUCACGCCGGUAUGGUCGGGAACCGCGUUGUGAAAAACGGUGUCUGUGGAGCGAUGUGGGAUCGGUCGCCUGUUGUUUAGGUAUCAUAGCAAAAAGAAAACAGUCGAGAACUUCGAAGGCCACGUAGGGAACAAAGUGGCACUGCUCGACGAUGCUGCGCAGUGGGGAAAGAACGUGCAUCGACUAGCUUCUGCGCUUUGUGGCCCUGCCUUCUUCGCUUGUCAGGGCUUUCAGGGCAGACGAGGAGGGUGCCUUGGUGCAUGGACGGAACUGUCAUUCGGUCUAGGCGAGAAUGCAUGGAAUUUCUCAACCGAAUACCAUGCUCAUUGUGCUUUGUGGCACUGAUCCGCUUACGGGUGCAAUCGUCGUGGAUCUGCAUUGCGGUUUUAUCGGAGUGGAGAAAAGGGACAAAAGUAUUUGUCUUUACUUGCAAGCCUACGGGAUCCUUGUAUCUCGUAACCUAAUCAAACUCAAAACUGGCUUCCUCUCUUUCAACAUCUUGAACCUCAAAAUGCCGACGCCACAGGACGAGGAAGUAACUAUAUGCGGGCUCAAUGCCCCAAGCUCUUCUGAAGGUUGCGCAAUUCUACGCGCCAAACGUCCUCAUGUGGGUUUACGUAGUGCAAUGAUCGGGAUCCUCUUUCUGGCUGAAAACUCUGUUGCGUGAUUUUAGUUCCGACCGAUGCACGUAAUGCAGUGACAGUGUAUUUGUGUGCCCGGAUAAUAUCACAAACC